GCAACCAUUAAAGACAUAUAGGGUAGCGAAAAGGGGGACACACGCCUUUAAGGAUGGCAACGUGUCGCUUGCUAGCUGGAGGUACAAGCAGAGGUGCUAUUCUCAACGCCGGUACAGUGUUGAGAGUGCGGAGUACAAGAAGUCUUGCUUAUGUCUUCCAAAUACAGCGCCACUCAUCGGUUACACAUAGUGCAUGGUUAUCAAGAGGAACGUCGACCUCUCCAACCGGGCGAAGGGCAUUACCAGAAUGGACGAGGGGGACGAAAGGGAGGUGGAGGAAGGAUGGUACGCAAGUGAGGUCGCUGAGCGCCUCGCUCGACGCACCAGCCGAACAUUUGAAGAGCUGAAGGCAAAGUGGCGAUGGUCCGCAGCGGAAGGCCCCCGCCAGGACCCUUCAACCAUCUCAAACCUCGUCGUUUUCUCGGGCUCCUCUCACCCUCUGCUUGCUGAGGAGAUCUGCGACUACUUAAAUAUACCCGUUGGAAACAGCGUGGUAAAACGCUUUGCGGACGGUGAGGUCUUCAUCCGCAUCCUGCAAGAAAUCCGAGGCCGCGAUUGUUUCGUCAUCAUCCCCACCAACUCCAACGACAAUGUGAUAGAACUCCUACUCUCCAUCUCCACCAUGCGGCGUGCCUCCGCUAAGCGCAUCACGGCCGUGAUUCCGUACUUUGGAUACGCGAGACAGGACCAACGCACUCCUUUUCGCCGCGAACCGAUCGCAGCUGCCGAUAUCGCUCGCAUGCUGGAAGAGGUGGGCGUGGACCGCGUCGUCUCUGUUGACCUCCACUCCGGUCAGAUCCAGAAGGCUGUCUUGACGGACAAUCUCUUUGCCCUCGUCUACCCUCCCUCAUUCUCCCUUCCCUGCUCCCCGCGACGCGUGCCUUCUUCCGAACAUCUCCAGGGAUUCUUCUCCCCCCGCGUCCCCGUCGAUCACCUUACCCCCGCCGCCGCCGCCGCCGCUUACUUCGUUGAGAACGUGCCUGACUUCAAGCGGCACGCCCUGCACCCCGCGGGGGUAUCCUCCUCCUCCUCCCGCUACACUGUCCUCAACCGUGCCACCAGCCUAGGCCCGUGUCCCAUUGUCACCGUCGUCGCCCCCACGAAGGACAAGUUCGCCGCGCUCGCAUUUUCCGCGAACGACUUUCGAAGCUCCUGGGGCCCCAUGUGUCUGUCGACAUGGCGGACGUGCAUCAUCGUCGACGACCUCUUAGACACGGGGAAGACUUUGGCCACCACGGUCGAUUUGCUCAAGGGGGAGGGCGCCGAUAGGGUCUACGGCUUUGCGACGCAUGCGCGGGCCAUCGAGAUUCAUCCCCUUCACGACAAGAUUCAUCAACUGUCGGUGGCGCCCCUCAUUGCCGAGGCCAUCCUCAAUAUUCACGACUGUGGCAGUGUCUCGAGUGUUGUGGCAGGGGACCAGGAGAUGCAAAGCGUACUGGAAAAGUCAGCCUCGAACAGGGAGCCUUGAGGAAAAGUGCGGGAAGAUAGGCCCUUGUCCCGCACGGAUGUUCAAAGGGAGUGUCAGGGGGCGACGGGCGGAAAGGGGAGGGGAUCGCCAUGGAAGGGGGUGUGCAGAGCUUGACGGUUUGCCUGGUGGCAAAGGCUGGCUUGCCACCAUGGGAUAAGCGAAGUAGCGAGCUCUUCCAGUACAAGUCGUAUUUAGAUUU